CUGGUGCUCGGGAUAAAAUCGGCUGGGCGUUUGGCUUGGGUUUGGAGAGGCUGGCCAUGAUCCUGUAUGAUAUCCCUGACAUCCGACUGUUCUGGAGUGAAGAUGAACGCUUCCUGAAACAAUUUAUUGGGCCUCACAUUUGGCAAAAAAUAAAGUUCCAGCCACUCAGCAGAUAUCCACCUUUGAUCAAUGACAUCUCCUUUUGGCUGCCUUCUGAGACAUACUCUGAGAAUGAUUUCUAUGACUUGGUUCGAACCAUUGGUGGAGACUUGAUAGAAAAGGUUGUCCUAGUGGAUGAAUUUGCCCAUCCAAAGACGAAGAAGGUCAGCCAUUGCUACCGGAUCGUUUACCGCCACCCGGAGAGGACUUUGACGCAGGACGAGGUGCAUCGCAUCCAUCAAGCUAUUGAAGAGUCAGCAGUUCGAGAACUUGGGGUUGAGGGCAGGUUCUAGAACUGCUGGUCUGAAGCCCUAAUGGUGGUUGCUUUUUUCUUUCUUUCUUUUCUCUUUUUAUUUCUCUUUUCGGGAUUUUAGGUUGCAAGUAAAGAGAGGGGUUUUGUGACUGAACGUAGAACAUGGAAAGCGAUUGAUAAAUGGGCAGUGGUAAAACUAGCAGGUAAUAAACAUUACUACUGAGAAAUCA